CCCGAGCAGGCUUCCGUAAACCCGGAAGUUGUUCUGCUGUGUCCGCUUGGUCUUGUUGUUGGCUUGUUUUUAGUCAUUUAAGGGUCGUUUAAAGCGGUCCUGAUGGGUGAUAUCCGUCAGUCUUUGUUGCCUCGGGAUGUCCUGAGUGCUGCCAAAGAGCUGCUGUACCACCUGGACAUCUACAUCUGUAACCUGGUGCAGUCCGGGAGGCAGCCCCCUCAGGUCGACGCCAAAACCCUAGAGCUGGUCGAGGAGUUCAUUCUGCAUGCCCCCAAAGACAGGAACGCCCCAGCCAGGAAGAUGAGCGCUCUCCAGGAGCUCCAGCUGCUGGAGAUCAUGUGCAGCUGUUUCCAGGAGCAGAGUCGGGACACGGUCCGUCAGCUCAUGUUCUCUGCCCUCUUUCACAUUCAAGGAAACCAGGCGGACGAAAGUCGCAUGGUGCUGUUGGGCAAACUCGUUUCCAUGGCUGUCGCUGUGGGCAGGGUUCCGAUUUUGGAAUGUGCUGCUACCUGGUUACAGAGAACCCACCGUGUGUACUGCGUGCGCCUGGCGCAGGUGCUGGUUGACGAUUACUGCAGCAUGGUACCGGGCUCUGUGCCCACCCUGCAGAACAUCCACAGCAUGAGUCCACGCUUCUGCUGCCAGUUCAUCACAGCCGUCAGCACUUUGUACGACCUCAGCUCAGAAGAGCUCGUCCCUCCACUUGAACUCCUCCAGAUGAUUGUGUCGUGGAUCCAAGAAGACCCCCGCCUCGUUCUGAUCACCUUCCUGAACACGCCCCUGUCUGGCAGCCAGCCAAUCAGCUCUCUGGACGUCACGCCGUUGGGCAGCUUGGUCCGCUGGUGUGUCAAAGCUCCGCUGGCCUACAGGAAUGAGAAGAAGCAGGUGCUGGCUAACAGGAGUGCUGACAGCGAACCAGACCCACGGCCUCUGUUCUCUGCUCUGCAUUUAAGUGUCCUACAGGUCUUUAUGCUUUUGCCCAACGUUCUGAACGAGAAGGGGCUUUUCGGUCGCCUGGCGCUGCUCCAGAUGGAAUCCGUGGCGGCCCUGACCUCUGACCUGUCCCGCCUUCUGGACCAGGCCGACAAACACGCGCACACAUCAGCGGCUGGAGCACAGGUGCCGCCCCAGCUGGCCCUGGACCGGCUGGCACAGGCCCUGCAGGUGGCCAUGGCCAGCGGAGCCCUGCUCUGCUCCAGAGUUUGCUCCAGUUGGUUCUGUCCGGCCCGGUGAUGUACUACAACAACAUCCACACCCCUCCUCUAGCCUACAGCCCCCACGCGGCUCAUUCACCCAUCGCCUCGCACGCCCCGCUCCCCACACGCUCCCCACACACACCUCUGACCUCCCACGCCCAGUACCCCGCUCAGCCGUUCAUGUCGGGGAUGCCGUUCGCCUUCCGACCCGGCCACUGAGACCCGGGCGGAGCCGACCGGACCGCAGGCGUGGCGUGGUGAGAGGAUGCUGAGCAUGCGCUGGACUUCUCUGUGUUCUGGUUUUCACUCCAGACGUGCUCGUUGAAUAAAUAUUUUUUUAUUUAA